AUGGCUGACCCAAGCGAUUCCAAGGUGGCCGAGGUCUAUGCUCGUAUCCAGACCCAGCGUCGCAUCAUGGAGGGCAAUCAGGCCCUCCGAGCUGCCACGAGCAACCCCGACGUCAUCCGCCAAGCAGAAUCCCAGAUUCGAGAAGCGCAGCGAAACAUUUCCUAUCUCCAAGAGUCUCUCAACAGUCUCAAAUCGCGUCGCGCUAGCGGUGGCCCCGGCUUCCGCACCGACAGCUCCACCGGCGGCAGUACCACUCCGAGCGACCCGAGACAGAGCUUCGCCUCCUCGAUGACCAGCGUCGGCAGCUCGGCCAGCGCUGGUCGCCCCUAUCCAGGAGACAGCAGCAGCUCUUACGUCGGCUCCAACCCGCCCUCGCCCGCCGUCAAUGCUCGCCGAUAUGACGGCCGUUCGCAACCGCCGGCACCGAUCAAUGGCGGACAGGGUGGGGGGACAGGCGGAGCUGAAAGCUCCUAUGCUCAGUACGCCAACCAGGGCCCCUACGGCGCCGGCGCCGGCUACGGACCGGGUGGUGGACCCGAGACGUGGCAACCCGCCGUGCAGCGCAUGGGCACCAGCGCAAAACGCAACUACACCAACCUCGACUUGAUCAAGGACGACACCCCGCACACCACCGCCAAGAUCUCGCGCAUGCUGCAUCAGCUCGAGUUCAAGCUGCAGAUCGAAAAGCAGUACAAGCAAGGCAUCGACAAGAUGGCCAAGCUCUACCAGGCCGAAGGCGAUCGCAAGAGUCGUAACGACGCCGAGAGCAAGCGUGUCGAGAGCCAGAGCAAGAUCGUUCUCCUCCAGCAGGCUCUCAAGAGAUACAAGCAGUUGCAUGUCAUGGAAGAGGAGGACGAGGACAAUGCCAGCCCCGAAUCGGUGGAGAACCGAAAGCAGAACCUCCGCAAGCCACUCUCCGGUACGCUCCAAAUCUCGAUCCGAAGCGCUCGUGACAUCGAUCACGCUCCCGUUCCACGAGGCACUCGAUCCGUUCGCGAGUCGACCGUCGUCAUCAAGGUCGAAGACACGCCCCGUGCUCGCACCCACCCCAGCCGCACCGAGCGAUGGCAGGAGGACUUCGAGAUUCCUGUCGACAACGCCAACGAGCUCGAAGUGACGGUGUACGACAAACUCGGCAGCGCCCAUCCCGUCCCGGUUGGCAUGCUGUGGAUCCGCAUCAGCGACAUUGUCGAGGAGCAACGUAAGAAGAAGUUUGGCCAGGUGCCGGACGCCUCGCAGCACGGUCAUGGCCCCAGCGACGGCUGGGUCACGGCGGACAGCGUCCAGCCUAGAGCCAGUGGUGGCCCGUACGCUGCCACCGCUGGCCCUGGCGGCGUCGAUGGUGCCUACAACACGCCCGCUGGCAUUCCCCUGCCCAACGGUCCCAGCGACGGGGUCGAAGCCUGGUUUGCAGUCGAGCCUGCGGGAGCCAUCUACCUUCGCCUCAACUUUAUCAAGCAGAAUGUGCGCAAGCGCCCCUACGACGCUCGUCUCGGACGACAGGGCGCUUUCCGAAAGCGCAAGGAGGACGUCGCCGAGAUCAACGGCCACAAAUUUGUCUCGCGCCAGUUCUACCAGGUGCUUCGUUGCGCUCUCUGCGGUGAGUUCUUGCUCAACGCUGCAGGAAGCCAGUGCGAAGACUGCCGCUAUGCCUGCCACAAGAAGUGCGCGCAAAAGGUCGUCACCAAGUGCAUCUCGAAGAGCAACGCCGAAGCCGAUCGGGACGAGGUCAAGAUCAACCACCGCAUCCCGCAUCGAUUCGAGCCCAUCACCAACCUCAGCGCCAACUGGUGUUGCCACUGCGGUUCGAUCUUGCCGCUCGGACGCAAGAACGCGCGGAGGUGUACCGAGUGCGACAUCACCUGUCACACGGAUUGCGCUCACUUGGUGCCCGACUUUUGUGGUAUGUCGAUGGAGAUGGCCAACCAGCUCCUCAGCGACAUUGAGACCAUCAACCGGGUCAAGUCGUCGGCCAAGACGCAGCAGCAACAGCAGCAGCAGCAAUUGCCACCGCCACCAGCCUCGCAGACCGCGUUCCACCCCAACGCUGGAGGCAAUGGCAUGGCAGGUGCCCCACCCGGACGUGUCCCGCCUCCCCAGCUGGGACCGCUUGCAGGCACGGGCCCGGAUGGUCGCUUCGCCAGUCUCGAGAAGCAGACGCAGCAGAUGUCCAUCCAGCCAGGUGCAGGCGAGCCGCCGUACGGUUCCGGCUCGUCCCAGAGGAUGCAGUCUGUCGAUUCACAGCCGCAGCGACUCGGAGCAGGACCCAACUUUGGCGGCCGUCCCCAGCCGCCCAGAGUGGGCGAAGUCAUGCCGCCGUCGUCUUCAGAUGGCCGAAUGGGAGACAUGUCGCGACCUCCUCGACCACUGCCCCAGCCAUCAUCGAAUGCCAGCCCGCCGAUGCAGCAGCAGCAGCAGCCGCCGUCGCAACAAGCGCAGCAGCAAGGUGGCUUGUUCGGCGCCCGUCCUCAGCCUCCCUCUUCGUACUCUCAGCAGCAGCCACCGGUGCACCCGAUGCAGCAGACGCAGUCUGUCCUCAACGUCGUGCCUCGACCUCAACAGCAGCAGCCACAGAUGCCGCCCCCACCGUCGCAGCCGCAGCCACCUUCGCAGGGACCACCUGCUUCCCUCCACCAGCAGCAGCCACCCGUCGGCCCUGGCGCCAUGGUCCCCUCUGGCGGCUCUCAGCAGCCUCCUCGUAUGCUCCCCUCUUCGCGCCGCAAGAUCGGCCUGGACGACUUCAACUUCCUCGCCGUGCUCGGCAAGGGCAACUUUGGCAAAGUCAUGCUUGCCGAAGAAAAGCGUUCGGGCCACCUCUACGCGAUCAAGGUGCUCAAGAAGGAGUUCAUCAUCGAAAACGACGAGGUGGAAUCGACCAAGUCGGAGAAGCGGGUGUUCCUCGCCGCGGCGCGGGAACGACAUCCUUUCCUGCUCGGAUUGCACUCGUGCUUCCAGACUACGACGCGCGUGUACUUUGUGAUGGAGUACAUUUCGGGUGGUGAUCUGAUGCUUCAUAUUCAGCGCGAGCCGUUUACGCCGCGCCGCGCCAAGUUCUAUGCGGCCGAGGUGCUCUUGGCGUUGGAAUACUUUCAUAAGCAGGGGAUCAUCUAUCGCGAUCUCAAGCUGGACAACAUCAUGCUGACGUUGGACGGGCAUAUCAAGGUGGCCGACUACGGGUUGUGCAAGGAGGACAUGUGGUAUGGCAACACGACGAGUACAUUUUGUGGCACGCCGGAAUUUAUGGCGCCAGAAAUCCUGUUGGAGCAGCGCUAUGGGCGAGCGGUGGACUGGUGGGCCUUCGGCAUCUUGAUUUACGAGAUGCUGCUCGGCCAAGCCCCCUUCCGUGGUGACGACGAGGACGAGAUCUUUGAUGCGAUUCUCGAAGAUGAACCGCUGUACCCGUUGCACAUGCCAGCGGAUUCAGUGUCGAUUCUGGAAAAGCUUCUCACGCGCGAUCCUGCCCGUCGUUUGGGUUCAGGCCCCAAGGACGCAGAGGAGAUCAAAGCCCAUCCCUUUUUCAGGGAUGUCAACUGGGACGACAUGUUCAACAAACGAGUACCCCCACCUUUCUGCCCCACACUCAAAAACCCCAGCGACACCAGCUGGUUCGAUACCGAGUUUACUAGCGAAAAGCCCACCCUGACGCCGGUGCAUAGCGUGCUCAGCGCCCAGGAUCAGGCUGAGUUCCAGAGCUUCAGCUGGACCGCUCCGCACGUCGUUUAG